AUGUCUUUCUUCUUCGUAGAUUUAAGACCCAUGAACAACAGGUCAGCAAUACACGUUGUGACUGAGUUUGUUCUCCUGGGAUUGCCUGGUUGCUGGGAGAUACAGAUUUUCCUCUUCUCACUGUUUUUGAUGGUUUAUGUCUUAACCUUGCUGGGGAAUGGAGCCAUUAUCUGUGCAGUGAGAUGGGUCCCACGACUACACAUCCCCAUGUACUUACUGCUGGGAAACUUUGCCUUCCUUGAGAUCUGGUAUGUUUCCUCCACUGUUCCUAACAUGCUAGCCACCAUUCUCUCCAAAACCAAGGCCAUCUCAUUUUCUGGCUGCUUCCUCCAGUUCUAUCUCUUCUUUUCCCUGGGCACAACAGAAUGUCUCUUCCUGGCAGUGAUGGCUUAUGAUCGGUACCUGGCCAUCUGCCGCCCACUGCACUACCCCACCAUCAUGACUGGGAAGCUCUGCGGAAAGCUGGUGUCUCUCUGCUGGCUCACUGGAUUCCUUGGUUACCCAAUCCCCAUUUUCUUCAUCUCCCAACUCCCCUUCUGUGGACAGAAUAUCAUUGAUCACUUCCUGUGUGACAUGGACCCACUGAUGGCUCUGUCCUGUGCUCCAGCCCCCAUUACUGAAUUUAUUUUCUAUGCUCAGAGCUCCCUCGUCCUCUUUUUCACUAUUAUAUACAUUCUUCGAUCCUAUACCCUGUUGCUCAGAGCUGUUUUUCAGGUCCCUUCUGCAGCUGGCCAGAGAAAAGCCUUUUCCACAUGUGGUUCCCAGUUAGCUGUGGUGUCUCUUUUCUAUGGGACAGUAAUGGUAAUGUAUGUGAGUCCUACAUAUGGCAUCCCAACUUUGAUGCAGAAGAUCCUCACACUGGUAUAUUCGAUAAUGACUCCUCUCUUUAAUCCCUUAAUCUAUAGUCUUCGUAAUAAGGACAUGAAAACUUGCCCUGAGAAAUGUCCUACUUAG